AUGGGUUUGCCAUCUGCAUCAUCAUCUGGUGAUGCAUCAGUUUUUUUUUCAAAGAGGGUUCUCAAGAAAACCAAACUCGUUCGAGAUAUAACCAAGUUGUUAUACUCACUUGGCAAAGGGCCCGGAAUCGAGUUGCAUAAAGAACGAGUAGAUUUGUUCAUGGAGCAAAUAAUCGAUGGUAAAUGGGACGAAAGUCAAUCCACACUGCGUGACAUUGAUAAGUAUGUUGACAAGAUUACGUUUGUUAUAUUGAAGAACAAAUUUCACGAACAUUUAUCUCGAGACGACAAAGCUGUUGAUGCUUAUCUGAUGCUCAAGCACGAGAUCGCUCCACUCGAUAACGGUAAUAAAAUAACUCGUAAGCUGCUCCCUGCUUUGAUCGUGUCUCCAUCUCCAUCGCAGCACAACUUCUGUGGUCAAGAUCAAUCAGGACUUACGAUCAGCUCUCGUAAGAGAGUAUUAGAAGAUUUGCGAAAUUUGUUUCCCCCGAGAAAAAAAUACUUCGGUUAUCCUCAACAUGGAAAAGCAGCUCCUUAUCGAAUUAAACAGUUAUUAAAGGGUGACGGAGCGGGUGAAGUUUGGUUCGUGCAAUUUUCUCACUCCGGGAAAUACUUGGCCGCCACCGGUGGUGCUGAUGUGAUCUUGUGGCCGAUUUUCGAGGAUCUGUGGUUUGGGCCUAUGACGACAAAAUUAGUGGGCCACACCAAACCGGUCUCGUAUAUUACAUGGAGACACGACGACGUUGAAUUACUGAGCUGUGGUGUAGGGGAGACCGUGAAGCGGUGGAACAUUCCUCCCACAGGAGGAUAUGAUCAUCACUUGAUCUCCUCGUGUCUCCACACGUACGAGGGAAAAGAGAAUCUCGGCACAGUCUCGUGCGCGUGGGGCCCACAUGGGGAGACUAUAUUCGCUGGCCUCAAUGACGGCAGUAUUGUCGUGUGGAGUCUACAAGGAGAGGAGCUUCGAUCUUGGGAUGGCAUAUUGGGAAUUACGAGGAUUAUUGCUGACCUGGCGGUCACUCUUGACGACGGGGGGAGGGAGGUUGUCGUAACUGCUUGUGAACGCAAUACGAUACUUUUGUUCGAAUGGGAAACCGAGUCGAAGAGAUUCAUCUACGAAGACGGAGAUAUAGUUUCUUUUACAUUGUCGGGAGACGGUAUUUUUUUGCUUGUUAGCUUGUCGAACGAAGAAAUUCAUUUAUGGAAUAUAGGGCUUGAAGAUCCCGAGAUUGUGAUGGUUUACAAGGGGCAUAAAUGUAAAAAAUACGUUGUGAGGGCUUGCUUUUUCGGACGGUUUAUUGCCAGUGGAAGCGAGGACUCCUGGGUAAAUUAA